AUGAACGCUAACGAGGAAGCAUCGGCUAUGCGAAACGCUGCUAAUAUGGAGUCACAGCAGCAACAACAGCAGCGACAGGCCGAGAUGCAACAGCAGAAAGAGGCGAUGGAGGAGCGCAGGCGAGUGGCGGUUCGUUCCAUGAUGGAACCAGAGGCUCUCGAAAGAUUGAACCGUAUCGGCCUUGUUAAGCCGGAGAAGCAACGCGCUGUAGAAAACCUCAUUAUACAGAGUGCUCAAUCGGGCAGGCUGCAGCAACGAAUAGAUGAGGGCACCUUGGUGGAGCUGUUAGAGCAUGUAGAAAAACAAAAUGGUUCUGCUAGCAAUAUUAAGUUCGCCCGAAAGGCCUUUGACGACGAUGACGAUUCCGAUAUCGAUCUUGAUAACCUAGAGUGA